AUUUUUCAGAUCCGUUGUUCUUUUUUCCAAGAAAAAGUGCAAUUAUGCCACCAAAAAGAAACGUUGGGAAGGCUGCCCAGACUUUACAGAUUGGGCUUGGUGAAGUCAGUCCAGCACAUUCAGAAGGGGAGAAUGAGCCAAUCAUUCCACCACCAUUGUCACCAAUACUUGGGGAGCGCUCUUUUGUCAAUCUUACCUUCAACAAGGAUAGUGAAUCUAGAGAUGAUGUUGCUCAAUCUAGUGAUUCCCUUAUGACAACUGUGUCAGAACAGAUUAGCAUCAUGAGGCGCACACAGUUGGAAUCUAAGACAAGAGCUCAACAAAGAAGCCAAGAGGUUACUAGACAGUUGGAUGAGUCUUUUCAGAAUCUGGCUCAGAAUUUGGCCCAAACUGAAACGGAACAAAUGCAAGAGGCAUUUCGAUGUGCCAGAAUUGAACCUCAGCCACAAGCAGCAGAUCUUCAAAGGCAAAAUCAGAAUAUUCCAACUCCAACACUUGGUGGGCAAGUUAAUCUACCACAGCCGCCUCCCCAGAUUCAGCAGGCAGCAAGCAGACCAGCACAGCUAGAUCCUGUUGAGGCUGCAUCACGUGUAGCAGAACUGGGUAAUCACCAGCAGCCUAGAUAUCUGCCACCUCCGUGCCGACCAAAUGGAGGACACCCACAACAUAAUGCACCUUUACUAAAGGAGCAUUUUCAGCCUUAUGAGGCUUAUGGUCAAGUUUUGAGGCCUCUAGUCAGACCAGCAUACAGAAAACCAUAUCCAGAUUUCAUAGACCAAGAGAAUCCUUUUCCAAGGGGGUUCAAGGUUCCAAAAUUCACUCUAUUUUUUGGAGAUGGUGGAUAUUCUACAAUUGAACACAUAGGCCGUUUCACAAUUCAGUGUGGCGAGGCCUUCAGUGAUGAUAAUCUGAAGCUCAGACUUUUUCCUGAAUCUUUAGCUAAAGUUUCAAUGGUAGAUUUAUCUCGUCUGGUGCAGCGAACUAGAGAAACAUCUGAGGCCUUUCUUGCUAGAUUUCGGAAGGCCAAACUUAAGUGCAGAGUUGCCUUGCCAGAACAGGAAUUUGUCAAGUUGGCACAAAAUGGUUUGGACAUUAAGUUAAGGAAAAAGUUUAAGGGAAUGAAGUUUCGUGAUUUCUUUGAGUUGUCUUACAAGAUGGCUCGUUAUGAAAAUUUAUUGCGAGAGGACACACAAAGGAAAUCUACAUCUCAUGGGACUUAUUAUGAUAAAAUCGACAAGAAAAUUCUUCGUUUUCCAGAUAAGGCCAAAGAAACUAUGGGAGUUGAUGCAUACCCAUUCCCUGCCAUGGUAGCAGAAAGACAUCGACAACAGAUUGUAGACUCGGGAGGCAUGGCAGAUCAAGCUCAGCCGCUCCCAGUAAGAAGAAAAUCAGUGUGGGUCCAUAAAGAAAAAGGGAGCACAUCUGGUCAGAAUUCUCCAGAAAAAAAUGAACCACCCAGAAGUCCAACAUCAUCUCCAGUUCUGGCUGUGGAAUCAAAUGAAGAAACCGGUUUGAAGGUGAAAUUUGACAUGUCAGUUGAAGCGAAAAAUUCAUUAGAUGUAAUCUGUUUUGGUGAGUUUUCUGUGAAUCUAUCUUGUUUGGUGAUCACUCUUUCUUUGGUUUUUCAAGCAAGAGAGCAGUCAAAAUCUACAGUCUGUCACCAGACAGAUUUGACUGAGGAAGAAAAAGUCAUUGAGAUCCCAGCUAAGGAAGAUGGUGGUAUGGAUUCAACAAAUAAAAUCAUUUUCGAAAAACUAGAAGAGAGGAUGGCUAGACAUAUCAGGCCAUUAUACAUUCAUGCACAUUUGGAUGGUAUGCCGAUUAAUCGAGUUCUGGUUGAUAAUGGAGCAGCUGUCAAUGUUUUGCCAACUUGUAUUUUGCACAAAAUUAGCAAAUCUUUGGGUGAUUUAAUGGAGAUAGAAGUGACAAUCAGUGACUUUACUGGUAGAGUAAAUUGCUCAAGGGGAAUUCUACCGGUAGAAUUUACCAUUGGAAAUAGAACUCUCAUGACUGAAGUCGUGACAGCAGAUGACAAACCAUUUGUGGCAAAUACCAAUGUAGUAGAAGCUCGUUAUUAUGAUGAAGAUAUUGGGAUUAUCCGUUUCUUUGGGAUGGACCACUAUGGCAGACCUUCUAGAAUUACUGCUUGCACCAGAUCUGCAAUGGAUAGACAGACUGUGAAGGAGUUAUCUGAAGUAGUCUAUGAAGGUGAAGAGGAAGACUUGAAGGAUCAAAUAACUUUGAAGGAAUUAGAUUUGGCACCAGCGAAACUCGAUGAUCUGAAGGCAGAAGUACAAGAUCCCCUGGAGGAGGUAAAUCUGGGUAUUGAGGCAGAUCCGAAAAUUACUUUGAUUAGCGGUUCUCUUGAGCCAUGUUUGCAUGAUAAAAUUAUCAAUAUUUUGCGUGAAUACAAGGAUUGUUUUACUUGGGACUAUUCUGAAAUGCCAGGUCUGGAUAGAAAUCUGGUAGAGCACAAAUUACCAAUUAGAGAAGAUUUCAAGCCUUUUAAACAGCCGCCUAGACGAAUGUCUCCAGAAGUCACCUUGAAAGUUAAAGAAGAGAUAAAUGGCAAGCUGAGAAUUUGUGUAGACUUUAGAAAUCUGAAUCUAGCAACACCAAAAGAUGAAUAUCCUAUGCCUAUUGCAGAUUUAUUGGUGGAUGGUGCAGCAUGCCACCGAAUUCUGUCAUUCAUGGAUGGCCACAGUGGAUACAACCAAAUUUUUAUAGCAGAAGAGGACAUUCCAAAGACCGCUUUCCCUUACCUAGGAGCUAUUGAUGUGAUAAAGUAUAUGUUCUCUCGACCACUGUUGAGAGGCAGAAUUGGAAAAUGGGUUCUGGCUUUGUUGGAAUUCAACCUGAAGUACAUGCCUCAAAAAGCUGUCAAGGGCCAAGCCUUGGCAGAUUUCCUAGCAGAUCAUCCGUGCCUGGAGGUAGAAAAGGAUGAGGAAAAAGGUAUUAAUUUAUUUUCCAUAAGUCUGGUUCCUUGGAAGCUUAUCUUUGAUGGAUCUAGCACAGAUUCCAUGGUUGGAGCAGGAAUUGUUAUUAUUUCUCCAGCUGGUUUGAAAACCCAGAUAUCAUUUCAGCUAGAUUUUAAUUACACCAACAACCAAGUUGAAUAUGAGGCAUUGAUUAUUGGGUUGGAAGUGUUGGCAGAACUUAAGCUCUUGGAGGAAUUUGAUGAUGUAAUCUUAAGGCAUGUUACUCAAGAUCUGAACACAAAAGCAAAUGAGAUGGCACAAAUCGCCUCAGGCUUAAAAAUCCCAGAAGGCAUGAUGAGCAAAAUUGUUGUUGCCUUGAAUUAUGUUCCGUUGGAAGAUGUUCUUUAUAGAAGAGGACAUGAUGAAUUACUUCCGCGCUGUCUUGGUCUAGCUGAGUAUUGCCAGAUUAUGUCAGAUGUGCAUAACGGAAUCUGUGGUGCGCACCAAGCUGGAAUUAAGAUGAGAUGGCUAAUUCGUAGACAUGGAUUCUUUUGGCCAUCGAUCUUGAGAGAUUGCAUCAACUAUGUUAAAGAUUACUUUACCAAGUGGGUGGAAGCAAAGCCAAUGAAGAAGGUUGACCAGACCGAUAUUAUUAAAUUUCUUAAGGAAGAAAUCAUUCAUAGAUUCGGUUUGCCAGAAAUAGUGACUUCAGAUCAGGGGACAGUUUUUGUUGGUGCACAAGUUAAGGCGUUUGCAAAAGAAAUGAGAUUUAGGUUACUCACUUCAACCCCUCAUUAUGCUCAAGCCAAUGGUCAAGCUAAAGCUUCCAACAGAAUUGUGAUAAAUCUGCUUGAAAAAAUGGUUGAUGAUAAUCCAAGGCAUUGGCAUAAGCUGUUAUCUGACACAAUCUGGGCUUACAGAACUUCACAAAGGAGUUCUACCAAGGUAACUCCAUUCUCUUUAACUUAUGGACAUGACGUUGUUCUGCCCAUGAAGUUGUCUGCUAGAUCAUUGCAUAUAGCAAUUCAACAUGGUCUCACUUCUGGAGAAUAUAAUGAAGCAAUGAUUCUAGAGUUAGAAGACCUUGAAGCCAAAUCUGGCUGUGAACAACCACAGCAGCCAGAUUUCGGCCAUGUCAGAUUUCAACCUGUAACAGAGUAUGAACAAAAAGUACAAGAAGUAGAUUUCCAGAAUAUGAGCCAAGAAAAAAGAUUAACAUUGAAAAGGUAGUUUGCAUGGCCAAUAGGCCGCAAACAAUAAAUUCAAACAUGACAAUGUGCAAUUUCAGCCAACAAAAAGAAAAUGAGAUACAUGAAAGGAAAAUCAACAAAGGUUGUUUUGCGAAGUACUCCAUUCUUCUCUCAUGUUCUUGAUUUCUUCAGCGGCUUCAUUUGCAGAAGUUGUGAAAGAAGGUUGCUAAUCCUUAAUCUUGGAAGUAGAUUUCAAACCAACUUCCAUGUUUGCGCGGAGCUUGUUUCUUUGUUUUGCCAAACUCUUCUCAGCUUGCUCCGCAAGAGGAACCUGGUUUCUUAACUCUGAAAGCUUGGCUUCAAGGUUAGAAAUUUCGUUUUUAAGCUCUUGGAGAUGUUUAACUUGUGUGACAUGAGCAUCCUUUGCUGCCAAGAAUUCUUCCUUCUUCUUAAAGAUAGCGGCAGUGCUAUCUGCUAUAGAUUUUCUCACAGAUUCUGCAGCCGCUACUUUGUUCUCAAGUACCCGAAAUCUCCUAAUGAAAUGUGUAUAAAUGGUAGUGAAAUCUGCUCAGAACUUUUGUUGAGUAGAAGAUAAUUGUGGAGCUCGACUAAGGAUCUGAGCCGCUUCAAAGGUAGUUGGUCGGUCUGGCACUUUGCAGAAAUGAGAAAGAUCACCAUCAAAGAGCUCUUGCAGGGUCAUAAUAGCAAAGCUAAUCUGCUCCUGGGUAUGGAGAUCGAUAUCUAGAUUCGCUUCUUUAGCAACAACUUUCCCUUUGCUAUCUUCCUUUUGCUAUCUGUGGCAGAUCCAGAUUUAGCAAGAGGGUCCAUCAACAUGUC